AUGACUCACCAUCUCACGAUCUUAUCGGGCAUCAGAGCUUACAUGCCAAGUUAUUUGAAUUUUCUUGAAUCGGAAAACCAACGCCUGAAAGAACAGUCGGCAUCCUCGGCCAACGCGACCGAAGCGGACCAUGACGCCGAGCCAGAGCCGGUGCCACCAGCAGACGCGCCGGAUGAGAGCAAUACCAGUGUGCGCAAUCCCCUAAUUGGCGACCGUGCAUGGUUUCACCGCUACGAUCCAUCUGCACCUCCACUUUUCGUAGGAGAGGCGGCCUGUACAGCGUUUGCGACACGCUUUCGUCGGUUUCUGACGGGCAACAAUGCCUUGCCUCAUAUCCCUCGGACACAGUAUGUCAAGGAAGAGCAGAUCGCAGAGGCCAAUGCUACCAAUGUCCAAUGGCCCAGUUUCCAGCAGGCUCGAUUGCUGGUAAAGAUAGCGUUACGUCAGGUCGGCUCUAUAUAUCAUUUAGUCCUUCGCAAGUCGACGUUGGAGAAACUCGAGGAGAUAUAUCGAACGGGCGACUUUGACUGCACUGUCAAUCAAUGCAAGUUCUUUGCUCUUUUCGCGUUCGGGGAAGCUUACUCGAUGAGAGCUGAGCCCUUAUCUGGGUCCAGAGUGCCGGGGACCUCGUACUUUGCGCGCGCCUUGAGCUUGGGGCAGGUUUUGCCUGAAAGAACAAGUAUCACACAUCUAGAGACCCUAUUGCUAUUGUAA